AUGGCCAUCACACGCAUGAGCUUACCAGAAGACACAACCCACUUCAGAGCUGCAGGAGGAGCGCUGUGCAAGCCGGUGGUCCAGGGGCGCCAAGGCUCGGGCUGGGGGCGGAGCCUCGCGGUGGCAGGCGAGGGGGCGGGGCGCAGUGCGGAGUUCCUAGGGACCUGGGCAGGGGGCGAUCUCCCGCCCUCCAGGGCUGGGGACGAGCAGAGUGGCGGGACGCGCAGGCCCGGUGGAAACGCGGGGCAGCGGCGAGGACUGCGGGGGUGCGGCGGGAGUCGGGCGGGCGGCGUCACCCGAGGCGGAGGGGGCGGAGCCGCGAUAGCAGCUGCCACCCGGCCGCCGGGCCCAGGCAGAAGUCAGCCGCCCGCGGCUGGGCAAGCACUGCGCGCAGACACGCUACAGACAAUGCUCCGGGACGCCCGGCGGGGCAGCGGACCGCUGGGCCACCGACGGCGAAGCUGCGGAACCGCAGCUCCCCAGGGAGUUGAUCUGGAACUCAUCUCUGCACCCCCUGUAAGACCGCAACAGAGAGCCGGGCCCAAGAUGAACUCGCACCUUAUCAGCCGCUCACAGUGCUCCAGACCGUUUGACUGAACCCCGAGAGCCCGAAAAU